AAAGUGUUUAAAAACAAAUCUUUUAUCUAAAAUAUACUACAAAAAGUAAACAGUUAUAAUUAUGAAAAAUUAAAAAAUAAUAAUAUCAUAUCACCAUGGCUGUAGUAACGGUAGAUGAAAUAAAAGAGGUUAUAUCAUCCAUAAGCAAUGAAACUCAAAACAAUAUAAAUUUUUUAAAAGAAAAUGCUUUAUAUCAAUUAAACUUAUGUAAAAAUAUUGAUGCAAAAACUCUUGAUUCAAAAUCAACCAGUUUAGAACAUUUUAAGAAUCUUAAUGAUGGUAUAACAGCGGAUGUCAAUAGAAUAAAGGAAAUUUCAAAGAAUAAUAAAAGUUAUGUUGCAAAGUCACAGACAAAUGCAGAUGAUCUAAACACAAAAAAUAAUGAAUUGCAGAUGAAGUGCACAGAUAUCCAAAAAGAAAUAAAUGCACUUGAACAUAAAAUAUCUCAUGUGAAAGCAAAAGAAAAGCAUUUCCAGAAGAGAAGGGACAAGAUCUUGGUAUUUAAACUUCUUACCAAUACACAUUUUUGUUAUGAUACGAAAAAUAUUAGGGGCUAUGUUACUGGAAAGUCACCUGAUGCUUUCAAAACUUUUGAUUUUAAUCCCCAAAAAAUGGACAACAAAAAAAUUAUAGAUAACUUAUACAACAACCUCAAAGUUUGCUGUAACACUCGGAGUCCCGGAGACAGAGAAGACAAAGAGAACGAAGAACAAUAAUGGUACUUACAUUUUGAAUAAUAUAUUUACAAUACUACAUGUAAUUAUUGAUAAUUGUCAAACACUAAUAAUAUGUUAAAGAGAUCUUUAUUUGAUUUAUUUUUUGUAAGUGAAUAAUAUAUCUUGAAAAUAAAUUAUAAAUUUGU